AUGAAUCAAUGCUUCCAGCACGGGGGGCUUCUGAGUGUCUGCGGGAACAAUUACUUCCAAAUGAACCCAUGCAUCUUAGCGGGGAGCAGUCAGACCACACCCCAGGUCUCUUCGGGCGAGUCUGAAACCAAACCUCUGAUCUUCACAUUUAUACCCAGUAUCAGAAGACUACCAACCCACUCCCAGUUGGCUGACACCUCUAAAUUCCUUGUUAAAAUUCCUGAGGAGUCAAGUGAUAAGAAUCCAGAAACUAUAAAUAGGUCCAAUUCCAAUGACUACCUGACCUUGAAUGCUUACAACCAACCAGAGGAAGACUCAAAGACAUUUGCUUGUCCUUUGGAAAUUAGUGGAAAGGGAUUUCAAACAAACGAACCUCAAGGAAUGCAGCAAAGUGACCUCUUCAAAGCUGAGUAUGUCUUUAUUGUGGACUCUGAAGGCGAGGAUGAAGGCACAGUCAAAAGAGGUGACCAACCUUCCCCAGAGAGGAAGUGUACCGGGGCUGUCCGGCCCAAAUCUCUAGCAAUUUCUUCUGGUCUGGCCUCUGACGUGGUGCGCCCCAAAACUCGGGGUGCUGAUCUCCAGGCCUCAAUAUAUCCUGAAAUGCCUCAUGGAGCCCCUCAGCAAAAGCAUGGCCAGUUAACUGCUUCUCCCACUACCUCUGAGCAGCUUGCCUGUAAAACACCUGCUUUCUCUGUUUCUCCAACUAAUCAGAAACCAGGACCUGACCCAGUUAAUCUCAGCAGCGCCUCUGUCCUAGAGGAGUUCCACAGUAGGAGGCACCAUGGCGGUGGGGUCUUUGUGGAAGAAACAGCUACUUAUUUUCAAACUUCUGCUCACUCUUCACCCUCUUUGGCAUCGAAGGCCACUUCCUCGAGGCUACAGUUUGCCCCUUCUACUCAGCUGCCAUGUUCUAAUUUGUCCAGUCCAAGUUCAGCAGAUCAAAAACCUGGACUGACACCUGAAGUUCUAAAGAAGACAACAACGUUAACCUCCCAUGGUCUCAGUCCUGGAGAAAGUUCGAGAACCGCUUCCCCUGCACCACCCUCUAGUUCUUCCCUGAAGCCAAAUGCAGCUUUGUACAUCCCAGUUCGUAUUAUCACACACUCACUCUCUCCAAGCCCCAAACCAUUUGUCUCCUCUUUCCGUGGCUCUUCUUCUACUAUCUGCAGUCAAAUGUCGUCUACUGGAAAUCUCUCUAAGUCAGGGGGGAAGUGUCCAGUGCCCUCAAGGCUGUCCCUCCUCACUGCUAUUCUCAAGUCAAACCCUUCUCACCAAAGACCAUUUUCCCCUGCCUCCUGCCCCACUUUUUCUCUCAACUCCCUCACCUCUUCCACACUCACACUUGAUCAGAAAGUAAAGCAGACCCCGCCCACACCUAAGAAAUCACUCUCAAGUAGCUGCUUAACAGCAGGGUCCUCAGAACAAGGAAAGCAUCACCUUUCGGAAUUUGCCCCGCCAUCCUUUCCUGUACCUGCUUUCACUGAGUCUGUUCCAUUUUCUCUGGGGCCCUCGUUUACUCCUACAACACAUGAGAGCAGUAGCCUUGUUUCUCCCAAUGUAGAGAAAGGGCCACCACCGUCCACUUCUUUGAAGAGUAGCACAACAUUCUCCCAGCUCCAAGCCAGUAUGUUUGGUUCUGUGGGGCUUCCUCCUGUUCCACCAAGCACAUCUCUUUCACCAUUCAAAGGCAAACAGGAUACUGACCUCAGGGAUCUGGAAAAGCUCAGGAGUCUUCACACACACACAACCACUUCAGCCUCCUCUGCACCAUCUUCCAUAUCUUCUGUUAACCAAAAAGCCAUGCUUUCCUCUUCAGAGAAAUGUUUCCAACCUUCCGCAGCUCUUUACAGCAUGAUGAACAGAUCUAGAAAAACAUCACCCCACCUGUCUGGGCAGAGAGGGACCCCUUCACACCCCAUCUCAAAUGCCAGUACUGCCUCUCUUUCUACCAUGGGGUACUCCUCUCUCCCUCAUGCUAAUCCGCUCAUCCCAGAGCCCCAGCUCAGCCCUUCAGCACUGCACCCAUAUUCUGACAGUAGGACCUUAUCUUCAAGAUCUGGGAAAUCUCAAGGCACAAUAUCCGACCAUAGAUUAUUUGCAUCAACCCCAUCACCUCCCAUCUCGCUAACAAGAACCACGGAGCUGAUUUCACCUUGUGCAUUGCCCAUGUCAACAGACCAUGAAAACAUGAAACCAAAGCAAUACAAGACCAAGUCAAGCUACAAGGCUUUUGCAGCUAUCCCUACAAACACAUUGCUUUUGGAACAGAAGGCACUAGAUGAACCAGUCAAGACUGACAGUGUCUCCAAGGACAACCCUUUAGACUCGCCUUUUGAGUUCUAUUUCCCUGCACAGCUCAGGCAGCAAACUGAAGAGGUCUGUGCUACCAUUGAUAAGGUCUUACAGGAUUCCUUGUCUAUGCAUUCUUCCGAGUCUCCUUCAAGUUCCUCACAGACGUUUUUGGGUUCUGACACAAUCAAAAUGCCUACAACUUUUCCAAGAGCAGCUGGUAGAGAAACCAAAUAUGCAAAUCUCUCCUCUCCAUCCUCUACAACAUCUGAGAGUCAGCUGACUAAGCCUGGAGUAAUUCGCCCAGUACCUGUGAAAUCCAAAAUAUUCCUGAAAAAAGAAGAAGCAUAUGAACCUAACCCUUUCAGUAAAUACUUAGAAGAUGACAGUGACCUUUUUUCUGAUCAGGAUGUGACAGUCCCUCACAAGACUGUUUCGCUUCAUCCUUUAUAUCAGACCAAACUCUAUCCUCCUGCUAAGUCCCUGCUGCAUCCACAGACUCUCUCCCAUGCUGACUGUCUUACCCCAGGACCAUUCAGUCAUGUGUCCUCCUUCUUACUGAGCGAUGAACAGGAGAAUUCUCAUACCUUGUUCAGUCACAAUGCAUAUAAUAAGGUGAGAAUUCUCUGCUGA